AUGGAGAAAGACAUGGAGAAGGAUAUGGAGAAAGUCAUGGAUGUAGAGAAGUCACAAGAUCCGUUUGCCGGAGAAGUUGUUGGUGGAGUGCGUUACAGGAGUAUGAAAUGGUGGAACUGUGCAAUCUUGAUGAUUGCUCAGUCUGUCUCAUUGGGAGUUCUCUCCCUCCCAUCGUCGAUGGCAGUCUUGGGUUUGGUCCCUGGCUGUAUCAUUAUUGUUGGGAUCGGAGCUUUGACAACCUACACUGGAUAUGUUGUCGGCCAAUUCAAACUGCGAUACCCUCAAAUUCACAACAUGGCAGAUGCCGCAGAUAUCUUAUUCGGCGCCUGGGGUCGCGAGAUCGUUGGAGUCGCCCAGGUUAUGUGUUUCAUUUUCCUUAUGGGCGCUCAUGUGUUGACAUUCUCUAUCAUGAUGAACACUCUUACUGAACACGGCGCUUGUACCAUCAUUUUCUGUCUGGUGGGAACCGUCCUCUGCUUCAUCCUAACCCUGUCAAGGCGCAUGGAGGAAGUUUCAUAUCUGGGCAUUAUCUCCUCGCUAUCAAUCUUCACCGCCGUAGUGAUCACCAUGAUCGCUGUUGGCAUUGAAGCACCCGAUCCCAGAGCAUAUGCUAUUACCCACCCAUCUCUGAUUAACGGCUUUUCCGCUACACUUAACAUUGUCCUUGCUUAUUCUGGCCAUAUGUCAUUUUUCAGCUUCCAGUCGGAGCUGGAAGAUCCACGUGACUACCCCAAAGCGCUGAUUGCCUUCCAAGCAACGGACACAUCGCUGUAUCUCGUGACUGCCCUCGUCAUUUACCGAUAUGCCGGGCCGGAUGUCCUCAGCCCCGCCCUGCUGAGUGCGAGUGAAAUCGUUUCGAAGGUUGCAUUCGGCAUUUCCAUCGGUACGAUCGUCAUUGCUGGAGUGGUCAUUUGUCACGUCGGUGCAAAGACCAUUUACGUGCGGCUGUUCCGUGGCACCCACAUGAUGAGCGAGAGGUCUUUCCGUUCAUAUGGCAGUUGGGUGCUGAUCACUUUCCUCAUGUGGGUUAUCGCCUGGGUGAUCGCACUCGCGAUCCCUGUGUUCAACGAUCUGCUCAACAUGAUCGCGGCGGCAUUCUGCAGCUGGUUUUCUUUCGGUCUGGAGGGCCUCUUUUGGUUGAAGAUGAACCGCGGACGGUACUUUUCAAGCAAACGAAAGAUCGCUUUAACUGCACUUAACGUCUUUCUUGUUGCCCUGUGUUGCCUGAUUUGUGGCAUGGGUCUUUGGGCCACAGGAACGAGCAUUCGGGUCAAUGCGCAGGCUGCACAAAAACCUUUCUCCUGCGCAUCCAAUGCCUAG